GCCCUCUCUACGUGGAAAGGUGGGGCUUGAUCGCAGAGAGGGUUGUAUGUGAGAGUGUGGUAGGUCUGGAGUGAGUGAACCGCCGAUGAAUAAGACAGGUAUCAAGAGUUAGUCUUGCCUCCUGUGUGUUAAGAUGACCAAGCUGGGCUUCCUGCGUCUGUCCUACGAGAAACAGGACACCCUGCUGAAGCUGCUCAUCCUGUCUAUGGCAGCCAUCCUCUCGUUCUCCACCAGACUGUUCUCUGUGCUUCGGUUCGAGAGUGUUAUCCAUGAGUUCGAUCCUUAUUUCAAUUACCGGACCACUCGCUUCUUGACGGAAGAGGGCUUUUACCAAUUCCAUAACUGGUUUGAUGAUCGGGCUUGGUAUCCACUUGGGAGGAUUAUAGGAGGCACCAUCUAUCCCGGGUUGAUGAUCACAUCUGCAGCUUUGUAUCACGUUCUACACUUCUUCCACAUUUCCAUCGACAUCCGCAAUGUGUGUGUGUUCCUCGCCCCUCUCUUCUCCUCCUUCACCGCUAUCGUCACCUACCACUUCACAAAAGAGCUCAAGGAUGCAGGUGCAGGGCUUCUGGCUGCCGCCAUGAUCGCCAUCGUGCCUGGAUACAUCUCCCGUUCUGUGGCAGGCUCUUAUGACAAUGAAGGAAUCGCCAUUUUCUGCAUGCUGUUGACGUACUACAUGUGGAUCAAAGCAGUGAAGACGGGCUCCAUUUAUUGGUCGUCCAUGUGCGCGCUGGCAUAUUUUUACAUGGUGUCCUCCUGGGGUGGUUAUGUGUUUCUGAUUAACCUCAUUCCCCUCCACGUGCUGGUGUUGAUGCUCACCGGACGUUUCACUCAUCGCAUCUAUGUGGCGUACUGCACAGUCUACUGCCUGGGCACCGUCCUCUCCAUGCAGAUCUCUUUUGUUGGAUUCCAGCCUGUCCAGUCCUCUGAACACAUGGCUGCAUUCGGGGUGUUUGGCCUGUGUCAGAUUCACGCCUUUGUCGAUUACCUGCGGAGCAAACUGAACACGCAGCAGUUUGAAGUGUUGUUCAAGAGCGUCAUUUCGCUAGUCGGUAUCAUCCUGCUCUCUGCAGGUGGAGUGCUCAUGCUGACAGGGAAAAUCUCACCUUGGACUGGCCGUUUUUACUCUCUGCUGGAUCCAUCCUACGCCAAGAACAACAUCCCCAUCAUCGCCUCUGUGUCUGAGCAUCAGCCCACCACCUGGUCCUCCUACUACUUUGACCUGCAGCUUCUGGUCUUCAUGUUUCCAGUUGGCCUUUAUUACUGCUUUAACAACCUCUCUGAUGCCACGAUUUUCAUCAUCAUGUAUGGCGUCACCAGCAUGUACUUCUCAGCUGUGAUGGUGCGUCUCAUGUUAGUCUUGGCUCCCGUCAUGUGCAUCCUGUCUGGCAUCGGCGUUUCUCAGGUUCUCACCACCUACAUGAAGAACCUGGAUGUCAGUCGACCGGACAAGAAGUCCAAGAAGCAGCAGGACUCCACUUACCCAAUCAAAAAUGAGGUGGCAAGCGGGAUGAUUCUGGUCAUGGCGUUUUUCCUCAUCACAUACACCUUCCACUCCACCUGGGUGACCAGCGAGGCGUACUCCUCCCCGUCCAUCGUGCUCUCCGCCCGCGGUGGUGAUGGCAGCCGCAUCAUCUUCGAUGACUUCAGAGAGGCGUAUUACUGGCUCAGACACAACACACCAGAGGAUGCUAAAGUCAUGUCGUGGUGGGAUUAUGGGUAUCAAAUAACAGCGAUGGCCAAUCGAACGAUUCUGGUUGACAACAACACUUGGAAUAACACUCACAUCUCCAGAGUGGGUCAGGCCAUGGCCUCCACUGAGGAGAAAGCCUAUGAGAUUAUGCGAGAACUGGAUGUUAGUUACGUCCUGGUGAUCUUUGGUGGACUGACAGGAUAUUCAUCUGACGACAUUAAUAAGUUCCUGUGGAUGGUCCGGAUCGGGGGCAGCACGGACACAGGGAGGCACAUAAAGGAACAUGACUACUACACACCCACCGGAGAGUUCCGUGUGGACCGCGAGGGGUCCCCCGUCCUGCUCAACUGCCUCAUGUACAAGAUGUGCUACUAUCGCUUCGGCCAGGUUUACACUGAAGCCAAGCGUCCUCCUGGUUACGACAGGGUUCGUAAUGCUGAGAUUGGCAACAAGGACUUUGAGCUGGAUGUGCUGGAGGAAGCAUAUACUACAGAGCACUGGCUUGUCAGGAUAUACAAGGUCAAAGACCUUGACAACCGUGGCCUCUCAAGAACGUAAAACCCAGAAACUCAAAAUCGCACCCCCUCUUCUGAACACACAGCACUGAACGUCUGCGGGCCCCAUCCCAUGAUCUGAGGGGAAAGCGUGAAGAUUUUUUUAUACUUUUGUUGUAAUUGCUGAAAGAGAUUUUCUUUUUCUUACCUUUUUUUUUUUUUCUUGGUUUGUUUUUUAAAUUUGAUUGUCAAAUGUGAUGUUUACUGGGGGCAGAAGGUGUCAAAUCACCUGAAAAGGUGAGAAUAAUGUUCAUAAAUCAUUUCUGCAAUCAGCAGGCCAGAUAACUGUUUGAUUUGUCUUUAAAUGGGUGAAUAAAAGAGUGACUGGGAUUAAA